AUGGAAGUUAUUAAAAAAUUCAAUGAAGUAAAAACAAACAUUUACAAAAAUACAGACACUACUUACUACCAAGAUCUUCAUACAUUAUCGGACUUUUUAAAUAUAAAUGAUAUUUCUUUAAUAAACAUUCAUAAUAAAAAUGAUGUUAUAGCAGAUUAUGAAUUUAAGAAAGAGGUACUAGGACUUAUUUUUACUAUUAUUGACAAUGGAUUAAUUAUCAAGGAUAAAAAAUUACUGAAUACUAUUGCAGAUUUAAUAAUUAAGGAUAUUCCUGAAAUCAAUGUAGAUUUUUGUCUUCAGUUGGAAGAUUUAUUAAAAAAAAUAUGGAUUUUAUGCAUUAAAAUAUUAUUUUAUUGUGGGAACAUUGACGAUUUUCCACAAAUAAAAAGAUUUAUUUCUAAGGAAGAUAUUCCUGAUUUUAGAAAUAUUUGCAUAGCUUUAACUUUUAAAUUUGAUACAUUUAGGUCUUAUGACUUGGAAAAUUUAAGUAAAUUUUCAUCAUUUUCUGUUUUGUAUGAUGUGGUGAAGAUUUAUAAAAAAGAUCUUCCUGAAGAAUUAAAAGCUAAAAUUUUAAUUAAUUUAUAUAAUUCACUUACAGAAGAAAAAUACAAUCAGAAUGAUAGAUUUAUUGAAAAGUUGAAAAUAAGUCCUAAUUUAUAUUAUGAUAGCAAAGUAAAACUUACCACCAAAAGUAUAGAUUUUGUAUAUCUUAUUUUUUAUGAGGUUAAUUUUUUAUAUUUCCCGGGUUUAAUUAAACCACCUUUUGAUGGAAUAUUUAGCAAUGAAUAUAUGAUGCUUCUGUAUUCUUUAAUUAUUAAUGAGGAAACAGCAUUUUUAGCUUAUAAAAUUUUACAGGAACAUGAUGUAUAUGUAGACAUGUACAAUGGCAUUAAUAAGCUUAUUUUUAAUAUGGAAACAGAAAAACAAGAAGUAGAUCCUAGAGAUGAAAAAUAUUUAUUUUUUCUUUUAGAAGUAGUAGUAAAAAUUUUACAUAAAAAUAAUAGUGAAAUGAUAAAAAUUACUUGUAUGAUGUUUUGUGAUCCAUUAAUGAAAUUUAGUUUGUGUACUAAUAAACAUAAUGAAAUAAUUUAUGAGUAUUUAAUUUAUUAUUGCAAUGAUAAGGAGACAUUUCUUAAUAUUACAGAUUUUUUUAAAAGUAAAAAUUUUUUUACAAAAGAAAAUAUAAUAAAUAACAUGACUCUUAGUGCUACGCUAAUUAAAUUUUUGUGGUACAUAAAUAAAGAAUUAGCAACAGAUUUAGCAAUUUACUCUCUUAGAUCUGAAGAUCCGAAAAUAUUAUCAGCAUGUUUUGAAAUAUUUGAAAAAACCAAUGUAGAUAUUUCUGGUAGUUUACUUUUAAAUUCUAAUUACAUUCGCCGUGCAGCACUAAAAAAUACAGAUUUUAUUAAUUUAUUGAUAAACUUUCAAAUUACUAAAAAAGUAACACUAGAUGAUAUUUUACUAGUCAAUGUUAUAAUGUCAACAGAAAAUUACAAGUUUUUUGAAUAUGCCAGGCUUUUUAAAGAUUUUGGACGGUACAUGAAUGAUAAAUUUUUAGAAAGGUUAAUUGAUAAUAUAGAAGAAGGUUUAAAGUUUAUUGAAGAAUGUAUGACAAGUAAUACUGUUAAAUUUAUAAAAAGCAAUGAAAAAUGGUUUAAUCUUUUUUUAACUAAUAAUAAUUUGUACUAUCCUUCUAUAUUUAGAAUUUAUAAAAAAAUGAUAAGUUUUGAUAGAAAUAUUGAAAUGAGUUAUGAAGAAGGCCUUUUAUUACUAGAAGUACCAGAUUCUUCUGUGUUCUGGAUUUUAAGUCAUAAAAUAAUUAAUAUCGCAUCAUUUGAAAGUGAAAAUGAAAAAUCAUAUAAUUUUGUAUCUAAACCUGUUCCUAGUAAAUACUUAACGGAUAAAGAAUAUAAAUUAGAUGAUUCUAAUAUUUUAGAAUAUUUAACAUAUUUAAAGACCCGUCUAUUAGUCGGAAAUAAUAUUGAUUCACUUAUUAAAUUUGUAGUAAAUGACUACUAUAAUUCUAAUACAACUUUUAUUAAUGAUUUAUUAGGAUAUUAUAAAUUAAUAACUGGGGUUAAUUUGGAUAUUAAAAAUGAGUCUAUUUUAUGCACUUAUGAUGUGCAGAAUACCGAUUUAUUUAUUAGAAAGUAUUCCCGUGCAACUGAUUACGAAAAAAUAUUUUUAUUUAUGAAAAUUGAUGAUAAACUAACAAAUGAUGAAGAAAGUAAAAUUAUAAAAAUAAUAAAAGAAGAAAUUACCGGUUCAUGCACUAAUAAAUUGAUAUAUAGGCAAUGUCUUACUACUUUACUAAGAUUGAAUAAUAUUGAUGCAAUUGUUAGACUUAUUGAUGAUUAUGAAGAUAAAAAUCUUCUUUUAAAAAUUAAUAUUAGAAAUUUAAUGACAGGAGGAUUGUAUUUUAACCCGAAAUGCAUAAAUGUGGGGGAUAAGGAACUCCAAAUUUAUGCAAUAAGUUUAUUAUAUUUUAAAAAUAUAUGGGACAUUAAUGCUAUAAGACAGUGGUUAUUAAGUAUUUAUAAAGAUUGUAGAGAUAAUGAAGAGAUUAGAUAUAUUGUUGAUGAUAUUUAUAAAAAACAUGAUAUAGAAAUGUAUUAA